AUGGUCAACUCCAUCUCGGACCGAGGGGGCUGUCCUCAUAUGUCCCGUGGGUGCAGGGGUGCAGCUGUGUGGGAGUCUCACUCCUGUCCCUCUCUCCCACCCCAGAAGAAGAGCAAGGUACACUACCAUGUUGCCGUCAUCAUCAACUACCUGGGCCACUGCAUCUCGCUCGUGGCCCUCCUGGUGGCCUUUGUCCUCUUUCUGCGGCUUAGGAGCAUCCGAUGCCUGAGGAACAUCAUCCACUGGAACUUGAUCUCCGCCUUCAUCCUGCGCAAUGCCACGUGGUUUGUGGUCCAGCUCACCAUGAGCCCCGAGGUCCACCAGAGCAACGUGGGCUGGUGCAGGUUGGUGACCGCUGCCUACAACUACUUCCACGUGACCAACUUCUUCUGGAUGUUCGGGGAGGGCUGCUACCUGCACACGGCCAUUGUGCUCACCUACUCCACCGACCGGCUGCGCAAGUGGAUGUUCAUCUGCAUCGGCUGGGGUGUGCCUUUCCCCAUCAUCGUGGCCUGGGCCAUCGGGAAGCUGUACUAUGACAAUGAGAAGUGCUGGUUUGGCAAAAGGCCAGGGGUGUACACUGACUACAUCUACCAGGGCCCCAUGAUCUUGGUCCUGCUGAUCAAUUUUAUCUUCCUUUUCAACAUUGUCCGCAUUCUCAUGACCAAACUCCGGGCGUCCACCACGUCUGAGACCAUUCAGUACAGGAAGGCUGUGAAGGCCACUCUGGUGCUCCUUCCCCUCCUGGGCAUCACGUACAUGCUGUUCUUCGUGAACCCCGGGGAGGACGAGGUCUCCCGGGUCGUCUUCAUCUACUUCAACUCCUUCCUGGAAUCCUUCCAGGGCUUCUUUGUGUCUGUAUUCUACUGUUUCCUCAACAGUGAGGUCCGCUCCGCCAUCCGGAAGAGGUGGCGCCGGUGGCAGGACAAGCACUCGAUCCGUGCCCGCGUGGCCCGCGCCAUGUCCAUCCCCACCUCCCCGACCCGGGUCAGCUUCCACAGCAUCAAGCAGUCCACGGCGGUCUGAGCUGGAGGGCCAGCGUCUGGAAGAUGCUCUCCAGGCUCCGCCAGCUGCCCUGCCUGUGGAGGGGACCGGCCCCUUCUCACACUCUGUAUCCC